ACGCCGCGCCCGCGAUAUGCGCAUUCGUGAAACACAACUUCAACAAUAAAGGCGUACUUCAAAUUAUUUCUGUGAUAAGUGAACAUACGUAAAUCCGUUCAAAGGAAAAAACGAUUCUGAAGUUAAGUUUUAUUUUAAAACGUGUAAAAGCUCUACUACAUAAAUCAUGGGUAUGAUUUCCCGAGUACGUGGACGCAUUAGGAGUGAUUCUUUCUCGAAGUUUCAUCCAAUCAAAUCAGAAGACAAAAUUGCAAACAUUGUAUGGCUGAUAUCAUUAGUAUUUUUACUCCCAUAUUGGGCUCCCAGAGGGUUGUUUGUCGCCCUGGGCGGUGCAUGGUUAAUGGCAGCUUACACUUGCUUAAUGCUACCGCUGCUAAUCUCCGCCAACUAUCGCUACCCCGCUAGAUGGUACCCUGCUGUCCUAAAAGUCGCACGAAAAGUCGCCCACCGUCUUCGCGCUCCCACCUCUCGUGUGCUGGGAGUGCUUAAAGCUGCGUAUGCGCCGAUCGACCGUGCCGAGAAAUUAUUUCUUCAAAUGAACAACCUAUCCACAAUGAUAAGUCAGCUACUCAUAUUUACAGCAUGCGACCGCCUCCUUGUAUUUCGCGGCAGAUUGACUUGCCUCUACUCGUUGAUGUUUUAUAACGUCAUCACGUACUCUGUAAACUAUGUUCGGGAAAUUUGCACCAAAGAAGAUUGGUCUCCAUACGUCAAUGUGACUCGGCAUUCCCGAGUUAAGCAUCUCGCGAUGUCUGCAACAAAAAUAGUAUUGGAGUGGACCAAAGCAGUUACCUUCAUAGUCACGAUGACUUUUAUUCUUUUAACCCUAGGUUUAGAGCAAGGCUUAGAACAUUUCCGUCCGACAGCCCUGUACACCAUCGUUACAGGAUCUUACUAUCUUCUGUCCGAGAAAACAUUCCUAGAACUGUGGCCGAUUGCUUUAUCUGUAUUGAAGUUGGAGCGACUCGAAGGCAUGGAAACGCUAUAUUGUGGAGUUUGGGCGAGAGGCAUAACUACUGCUAUAGCAGUUCCUCUAGUCCCAAUGUUGGCAUGGAAUGAGCGCUGGCGAUUAGCAUUUCUAGUUAUGUAUAUUUGUAUCAUUGUACACGGACGUCAUAGACUAGGGGAAGCAUUAUCUAAGUUGAAUGAAGCUCAGGGAUCCUUAGCUAGGUUCAGACGAGCGACUGCUAACGAACUCUCAACACUAGAAGAUGUUUGUGCAGUGUGCCUCGGUAUAAUGAAAUCCGCAAGAGUAACGCCUUGCGCUCAUUUCUUCCACGCGGAUUGCUUGCGGAAAUGCCUCGCGACGUCUGAUAGAUGUCCAAUAUGUGUAAGGGAAUACGUGUUUUGCUAGGAAAGGUUUCAAUAAGACUGUUUAGAACUCGAAAAACAUUCUUGUUUGAAUUAUUCGAACGCUAUUUUUUUUUUGUCUGACAAUUGUGUGAUAAAGUUAGUGUAUGAUAAGAAUUAUGUUAUAUUUAAUGGAAAGGUUUAUUAGGCUGAGUCACUAAAUGUAGUGACUUAAAAACGAGGUGAUAAAUAUUAAACUGUAUUACAAGCUAGAAACUCA